GUCUUAAAUUUAUCAAGUUUAUCAAGUGUGCGAGGGUUGAAACAUAUUAAUGCAUGCUCUCUGGUUUUUUCUUCAUCAUCCAACUAUUUUAUCAACUCAACUUCCCUUUUCCUACUUUUUUUAUUUUCUUGCCUUAUUCCGUCUUGCAAUCAUGAACUACAACACUUGGUUUCAUCUUCUUUUAGCUUUAUUCAUACCAUGUUCCGUAGUUUGCUUGGCUAUGACAGUCAGGAAUCUCAACUCUGAUCAGUUUGCACUUCUCGAGUUUAAGGAUCGCAUUACCGGUCCUCAAAAUGUCUUGGCAAACAAUUGGAGGGCCUCAACCUCUGUUUGCAAUUGGAUCGGUGUUUCUUGUGGCAUCCUCCAUAAAAGAGUUAUAGCUUUGAAUCUUACAAGCAUGAAUCGUAGGGGUACUAUCCCUCCACACCUUGGAAAUCUUUCAUUUCUACUCUCUCUCGACUUGAGUAGCAACCAUUUUUUUGGCCAUCUCCCUAAAGAAUUGGGCCAAUUGCAUCGUUUGAGGAUCCUUCAAUUAAGCUACAACAGUCUUAAUGGGGAAAUUCCAUCAUGGCUUGGGAAUUUACAGAGAGUUCGAAGGCUGAAAAUGAAAAAUAAUAACUUUACAGGCACAAUCCCUGAAACAAUUGUUAACAUGUCUAAUCUAGAGAUCUUGAACUUGGGAUUCAAUCAAUUAUCUGGUCAGGUUCCAUCUUCCAUCUUCAAGAUUUCUUCUCUGACGAUUAUUGAUCUCUCCAGCAAUAGCCUAUCACGUCGUUUGCCUAGUGAUAUGUGUCAACAUCUUCCCAAGCUUGAAGGGCUUUACUUGAGUUGGAAUGAAUUAUCUGGUAACACUCCAUUUGGCAUGGGCAAAUGCAGCAACCUUCAAAUUUUGUCAUUGUCUUAUAAUCAAUUUACGGGGAUUAUUCCAAGAAGUAUUGGAAAUCUGACUCGACUUGAAGAAUUAUAUUUGGGGUUUAAUAAUAUAGAAGGUCAGAUUCCAUCAAGUAUAGCUGAAUGUUACCAGCUUCAGAUUUUGAAUUUAGGAACAAAUCAUUUCAGUGGGCUGAUUCCAGAAAGGAUUUUUAAUUCAACUACGCUCCAAGAAAUAGAUCUAUAUGACAACAAAUUAGAAGGUAAUUUACCACCCAUCACCAAUGUUCCAAAGCUUGAGUAUCUUAUAUUGUGGGGAAAUAAACUUAGCGGAAACAUUCCCAACUCUAUCUCCAAUGCUUCCAUGCUUAAGAAAGUAGACUUGGGAGAUAACUUAUUCUCUGGCCCAAUCCCUAAAACGCUUGGCAACUUAAGACACCUCGAAAGGCUCCGAAUCGUCAACAACAAUUUGAUCACAGGAUCUGCUACUGAUCAUGAGUGGACCUUUCUUUCUUCUUUGGCGAAUUGCAAGCAUUUGAGAAAAAUAAUUGUUUCAGGAAAUCCAUUGAGUAGCGUUCUUCCUACUUAUAUCGGGAACCUUUCAAAAUCCCUUCAAUACUUUUAUGCCUCUCAAUGUGAGCUUCAAGGCAAUAUUCCGAUGAACAUAGGUAACUUAAGCAACAUGUUGGUUUUAGAGCUUGGCUAUAAUAAAUUUAGUGGAUUCAUUCCAACAUCAAUAGGAGGACUGCGAAAUCUCCAAAGUCUAGGUCUUUCCUCUAAUAAAUUAGGAGGGCCCAUCUCAGAAAGCCUUUGUGAUUUGGAGAGAUUAUACAACUUGUUUUUAGGGUUGAAUAAGCUGAAUGGAUCCAUACCCUCUUGUUUGGGUAAUAUUACUUCUUUGAGAUAUCUUUACUUAGAGUCCAACAAAUUGAGUUCUGCAAUACCCUCAACUUUGUGGAAUCUUAAAGAUAUCUUAAAAAUAGAUUUAUCAUCAAACCAUCUUCACAAUUCACAUGCUAUUGAUGUUGGAAAUUUGAGGAGUCUACUGAACCUAAAUUUAUCAAGAAAUCUUCUCACAGGCGAUAUCUUAUCCACAUUUGAAGGUCUUCAAACUUUGGUUUCAUUAGAUUUAUCAAAUAAUAAGUUACAUGGUCAUAUCCCUGAAUCAUUUGAUGGGUUGAUUAGUUUGGAAUUCUUGGAUUUAUGCAAUAACACUCUCUCUGGAGUCAUUCCCAAGUCUUUGGAAAAGCUUUUAUAUCUAAACUAUUUUAAUGUGUCUUUCAAUAGACUUGAAGGGGAAAUUCCCACCGAAGGAUGUUUUUCAAACUUUUCCAGCACAUCAUUCAUGAAGAAUUCUGCACUUUGUGGUCCACCUAGAUUGCUAGUCCCACCUUGCAAAAACAACAACCAUGAAAACUCCCAAAUGAUUAUAUUGCAUACUUUUAGGUAUGGUUUACCAGCAAUUGGUAUUGUCGUGGUACUAAUAUUCUUAACUAUUAUGUAUAGAAGAUGCCAAAGAAGGAGUACAAGUCUACCAAUUAAAGAUGAUUUGUUGUCUUUGAAAACACUGAGAAGAAUUUCACAUGUUGAACUUUCACAAGCAACUAAUGGAUUUGAGGAAAGCAAUAUGCUUGGUUCAGGGAGUUUUGGAUAUGUAUAUAAAGGGAGGCUUUCAGAUGGAAUGGAAGUUGCAAUAAAAGUUUUCAAUUUCCAAACAGAGGGAGCAUUUAGGAGUUUUGACAUUGAAUGUGAUGCUUUGCGUAAUAUAGUUCAUCGUAAUAUUGUGAAGGUCAUUACUUGCUGCUCAAGUGUAGACUUCAAAGCCUUGGUGCUUGAUUACAUGUCUAAUGGAAACCUUGAGGAAUGGUUACAUUCUAAAAAUUGUUUCCUUGAUAUCAAACAAAGGGUCGACAUAAUGAUAGAUGUUGCGGUAGCUAUAGAACACCUCCACAAUGGAUAUCCAACGCCUAUAAUUCAUUGUGACAUAAAACCAAGCAAUAUUUUACUAGAUGAAGACAUGGUUGCACAUGUUGGAGAUUUUGGCAUUGCCAAAUUGUUGGGAGAAGGUGAAGUAAUGAAGCAAACCAUGACUCUUGCAACUAUCGGGUAUAUGGCACCAGAAUUUGGAUUAACAGGAAUCGUUUCUAUAAAAUGUGACGUCUAUAGUUAUGGGAUCAUCCUUAUAGAAACUUUUACAAAGAAAAAGCCAACUGAUAAUUUUUUUGUUGAAGAAGUGACUAUAAGGCAUUGGAUGGAAAGUUCUUUGCCUAAAGGAGCGACAGAAAUUGCAGAUGUUGAUUUACUAAGCAGAGAGGAUGAGUACUUUGUUGUUAAAGCAAAUUGUAUUUCAUCCAUCAUGGAGUUGGCUUUGAAUUGUUCAGCAGAGUUACCAGAAGAAAGAAAAGAUAUGAAGGAUGUUGUGGUUGAGCUAAAAAAAAUUAAACAAAGGUUGUUAAACAACAUUUAACAUGUUUAGCAAAGAAGAAUUCAAACUUCUUUUGCAAAAUCAAGAUGGAAACCAAUAAAAUGUGCAUCAGACAUUCCCAUGAAUUACGUUAUAUGGUAGCUUUGGAGAAUCAAGUUAUUUUCUUUGUUUCUUAUUUCAUUUACGAUAUAACUGUGUUUUAAUCUUUUGCUAAGGAUUUUAUUGUUGCUUUCCCUCCAAUUAAAUAUGAUAUUUACUUUCAUUAAAAAAAUUGUAUGAAUUUCAUUUGUUGUGUUAAUGGACCCCUCAAUAGAUGGUAUUAUUCU